GGGCGGUUACGAGCGGCUGCAGCGCUGCUGCUCAUUGUUGCCUUGUUUGCAGCAGGAGAGAGACAGACACAGAGGCAUAGAACUGCGGCUGCCGUCUCCAUUCCAUUGCACUCCAUUGCAUUGCACUUGCCUCUGUGCCCCCGUGCACCAAAACUCUACGCAAGCAAGCCGCAUCAUGUCAAACACCAAGGUGGAGAAAGCUGUGGAGCGGCCCCAGAAGGAUCUGAAGAAAGCGGCCGAAGUGAAGCCGGAGAAGGACAAGGGCGACGCUCCAGCAAACGGCAAGGCGGAGAAUGGGGAGCCGGACGUAGAGGAGAAAUCAGAUGAGGUUGAGGAUGAAAGCGAAGAUGUUGGUGAGGAUGACGAAGAGGAAGAGGACGAAGAAGAUGAAGAAGGUGAUGAAGAAGAAUCUGAGGGAGCGGCAGAGAAACGAGUGGCUGAUGAUGAAGAGGCUGAUGUUGCGAAGAAGAAGCAGAAGACAGAUGCUGAGUAGAGUGUACCUCCUCCCACAAUCUCCCGCCCCCCCCAAUCUCCACUGUCCGUGAAGCUUGGUCACUGUCUCUAACUAGGGUGUACACCAAUGUAAGUCCGCGGCAGAAGUUUUAAAAGUACAGAUACUUCAUUGCCCUACUUCUUUCUUAAAAUCCUAAAAGGAGAGUUUGUUUGUAUUUUUAUUUACAUUUUAUAUUUUUGUACAUAUGGUUGGGGAGCUGCCAAUUUGAGCAGCGACCUCUGGUGACCAAACAGGGCUUUGAAGUUCUUCUGUAAAACGGACGAUACUGGUGGUUUGACCAAGACUUCACCACAUUAUCAUAAAGGUAACCUGUAAAAAAGAAAAAAAUUUAAAUAAAUAAAAUCACACCAUUAAUUUGAUCAUUGCGAUAAUUGUGGAUGUACUUUAGCUGUACGAUAAGUAGUUGGUUUGUAUGAGGUGGAAAGGCCAAAGAUCAUUUUUUUCUUUUUGUCCGAAAUACUGUCCAUUGCGGCCUGUUGUAUGUGUGAACCAAUUUGAUGUCCAAUAAACCGCAAUUUUAUUUUGCCGAGUUUUUCUGAUGAAUUGUCUCCCGGAGAUUUUUUUAAACUUGUAUAACACUUUAAAAUAAAAUACGCCUCUCGCACUAA